AUGUUGCUCAACACGUUUCGCGGCAGGGCGCCUCUGCUGGCUAUCCGCGAAGCGCGCCGAUUCCGGCGGCAGCCCGUAAAAUUGAUAGAGAAGGUCACGGAGGAGUACGAGAAGGCCGGUAUCGAGUCCACGGCCCCCAAGCCCGACGAAUCCGCGACCGAGCGGCGGAAACGCAUGAUUCGAUAUGUCUACUACGACCCUACGUUAUCGCAAAAGCUGGCCAUAAUGAAAGCCAGAUUCCUAGCCACGGGGUGGAUAUGGGUGGUGACCGCGUUGACUACUUACACCGCGCUGAACGCGCUUUACUUUGCUAACAAGCACUUCGAGAAGGGCCGCUACUGCAUCUGA